UUUGUAAUAUGAUUGCAUACACUUUUUAAGUCACUAUACAACUAUUUGCUCAAUCAAAGGAUUCAAAUUACAUAAAUUGUAAUGAGCAUGUCUAGUUCAAAAUAUUUACAUACAAGAUCAAUGUCAUUUGGAUUGAUUAAGAUUCUAACUGCUCUCAUCUUCUUCUCAAUUGUUCCCUUCAAAUCUGAGGGACAGUUUCAUGAUUGGUGCAUAGCUGAUAAACAAACACCAGAUGAUGAGUUGGUUCAAGCCCUGAAAUGGGCAUGUAAAAAUGGAGGAAAUUGCUCAAAAAUACAAGAGAAUCAGCCAUGUUACCUCCCAAAUACUGUGAAAGAACAUGCCUCUUAUGCAUUCAAUAGUUACUACCAAAACAUGAAACAAAAAGGGGCUAGUUGCUACUUCAAUUCUGCUGCUCUAUUAACUGCCCAUGAUCCAAGCCAUGAUGCUUGCAAGUUUGAGGUUAUUCCAUGAUCAAUCUUGUUUCUAUUAAAUUUGUGUUAUUCCUUCUUUUGUCUAUGCUUUGAUUAUUUUACUUACAUAAACGAAUUUACUAAAAUGGAAAGAUGUGAGAAUUUUGGUUUAAGUAAAAAUCAAAUUCUACAUCCGUCCGUUAUUCGAUUACCAUGUAUCUAGCAAGUAAUCAUGUGGAACUAGUUGAGGUGCCCGAUAACAAGAAUAAAAAAAGUCUGCAAAUACUUUGACACCUUUUACCUUUACUAAGUUGCUCAUCCUCAAUUUCCUA